GCAAAACGAUUGAAGGAUUAAAGGCUACAAUUGGUCCUUAAUUAUGCUGAAAUUGCGAGAAACUCUCCCGAUUGAGGCUGCAUUUGGCUAUUUACGAAGCCGUGGUCACGAGCCAGUUCCGGUUCGUGGUUCGUGGCCAGGAGGGAAUAUGAAUAGGCUCUUGUAGCCGUGAGGCUGAUUUUUAUUGGUUUUUCUUUGAUUUGGAUUAAAGUAAUUUAACGGUUGGAAUAAGUUUUAAAAAUUUUCAAUUUGAAUUGGAUUGGAUCAGGCUGUGGGACUAAAUCAUUAAUUACAAUUUAGCUGAAGUUUAAUAGGGAGAAGAUCCAGUUUAAAUUGAUCUUUGACCGUUUAGGACCCAAACUGGUCUUGGUCAUGUCUAUGUUUGUAACCCAAUUGAUGGGCGGGUACUCAGAGGCCCAUUAGCAGUAACGGCUCAGGUCCUCCCUUUCCAAAACCUUCUCUGUUAAUAUGGAAAUUCAUUCAAAGCCAUGUCUGUUAUUGAUUAUCUCAGGUCGCUUGCUGAGUUUUAAAUCCCAACUCCAGUCUCCAAUUCUCUCAGAUUUUUCUGUCAGAUCGUUCAGAUAUCCUACUCAAAUACUUGGAAUACGUAUACGUGCGCCUACUAAAGUAGGGUGCGAAUGGAGAGCUUACCUACAACGACGAAAUCAGAGAGGAGAUGGAGAUCGAAGCCUCUGCAGAGCUCGAAACCCUCUCUAGUCUUGGCCUUCUUCUCUUGCGUGGCUUGGCUCUACGUUGCCGGACGAUUGUGGCAAGAUGCGGAGAACAGAACAUUGCUAUCUAAUCUUCUUAAGAUGAAUGCAGCCCAGAGACCCAAGGUUCUUACUGUUGAAGAUAAGCUGGCUGUCCUACAAUGCAAAGAUCUGGAGAGGAGGAUUGUGGAGGCAGAGAUGGAAUUGACCUUGGCAAAGAGUCAAGGCUACCUCAAGAACCGGUUACCACAAAGUGGGUCUUCUUCAGAUCGAAAGCUUCUUGCAGUUAUUGGAGUAUACACUGGAUUUGGUAGUCGCUUAAAGCGAAAUUUGUUUAGAGGGUCAUGGAUGCCUAGAGGUGAUGCCUUGAAAAAACUUGAGGAAAGAGGAGUAGUGAUACGUUUUGUGAUUGGUCGGAGUGCUAAUCGAGGUGAUAGCUUAGAUCGUAAUAUUGAUGGUGAAAAUAGCUCGACAAAGGAUUUCUUGAUUCUUGAGGAUCAUGAGGAGGCGCAAGAAGAAUUGCCAAAGAAAGCAAAAUUCUUCUUUAGCACUGCAGCACAAAAUUGGGAUGCAGAAUUCUAUGUGAAAGUUGAUGACAACAUAAAUCUUGAUCUUGAGGGGUUAAUUGGAAUCCUUGAACACCGUCGUGGUCAAGAUAGCUCUUAUAUGGGGUGCAUGAAGUCAGGAGAUGUGAUAACUGAAGAGGGAAGGCAAUGGUAUGAACCUGAAUGGUGGAAAUUUGGGGAUGAGAAAUGUUAUUUCCGACAUGCAGCUGGUGCACUUAUAAUUCUUUCCAAAAAUUUGGCGCAGUAUAUUAACAUAAACAGUGCAUCUCUAAAGAAUUAUGCUCAUGAUGAUGUAUCUGUUGGGUCUUGGAUGAUGGGUCUUCAAGCAACCUAUAUAGAUGAUAAUCGUUUUUGUUGCAGUAGCAUAAAACAAGAUAAAGUGUGUUCUCUAGCAUGAUCAGAAAAUAGAAGGGCUUAUCUUUUAUCAUGAUUCACAUCCUCCCUUGUUUCAUGGGACUCUGGACAUUCAUAGAGAUGCAGUAGAUAUAUUCAUUGAGUUCACAGUGGAUGGUAUGGAUCUGUUCAUUGCAUCCUCUUCUAGUCAGGAUCCGAGAUGCAUUGACUAGAUGAUUCUUUUUAGAUGCAGAGAUUGGCUGCAAUUCUUUUAGGAUGAACACAGGCUAACAACAUUAUGAACAAGUGCACCAACUUUUGGCAUACAAAUGCUCUAAUAUGACUUCUUGUGAUGGUUAUGUAAUCUGCAGGACAUCUUCUUCUCUACAUGUGAUCAUGUUUUCCUGUAUAUUAUUAUUUUCUCAAGUUGGUAAUGAUAAUUAGAUCUUUGUGAA